UACCGAGACAACAAACCUAGAGGAAGGAAGCGGGGAAUUCGCCAGUGCACUGUUUGUUUGAGGUGAGGCGUAUGUCCCAGUCAGCUCAGCCCGCCGCGAUGCCCUCCGCCCCGGACUCUCCCUCUCUGAGCGUGACCGUCAGCGGGAAUGUGCAGAAAUACAGCAUCAAGAAGAAAAAGGUGUUAAACGCCGAGGAGACUGAGCUUUUCGAGCUCACACAGGCUGCUGGGGUGGUCAUUGAUCAAGAGGUUUUCAAAAUCAUAGUGGACCUCCUGAAGAUGAACGUUGCGCCUCUAGCAGUCUUUCAGACACUAAAGACCAUGUGUGCAGGACAGAAGGUCUCUGAAACAUCCACUGGUGACACAUCUUCAACAUCCCACACCACUGCUGCUCCUACAGAGUCUAGAGAAGAGGAGAGUGCGGCUUCAGGAAAGAGCUCUAAAACCACAGCCCCUCCCUCUUCAUCUGUGUCCCGCCCACCAAGGGGAGGGGCUAAGAUAGUUGUCUACAGCGACUCAAGCGCUCCUGUCUCUCAAGUACGCAGUAAAACGAGUUCAGGGCAAGGGGAGAAAUCGACAAGAGAACCUUCCAGCCAGCGAGUGCCACGACAGGUCAGCGCCACCAGAGGGCAGAAGAGCACCAAGAGCUCCGGCAGCAGCAGCUCUUCUUCACAGCUCACCUCCAACUGAACCAAACAACACAAACACAACUUCUCUCUUCCUCUAGAAUUGGCUGAAGCUUUUCACACCAAGCUGAAGGUAUCAAGUUAUUUUAGGGUUGGCUUCUUGGGUAUAUCUUCAGUGUUAUUUGAUAAAGACUUGCACUGCGUCAAAUGUGGGUCUCUGUUCUAGAGACUAUGGAAUUUUACCAUAUUUUUAGUUUACACUUUCACACCAAGACCUAUUGAGAGAAGCACAGGAAACCUUUGUCUUUAUUCUUUAAAUCUUGCACUGCUGGUGUUCAGUAGCUUGAGGGCUCAUGUGAAGCAGAUUUGGUUUAAGAUUUUGCAAGACAUGGUAAGUUUGCGUCUAGCUGGAUAUUUUUCCACUUGUAAAAUUGACUUUUUUAAUACAUUAUUUCUGUUUAUUUAUCUCUUUUUUUUUGUGCAUCUGUAUUCUUGAGUAAAAAUAUUCCCUAUCUUUUAAAGCUAAUUAUUGUUUAUGCUCUAUAAUAAUUAGCUAGGCUAGUACUUUAGACUGGCAUGUGGAAUAAAAAUUGUAUUUAUUUGUUUGUUUGUACAAAAUGUCUCCUGCUCAUUAACAUUGAAUUUAUUUUAAAAUGUAAUGAUUGUUGUGAACAUUUAUAUGAUUUAAAAGAACUGAUUUAUAAUUUUAAAUAAUCUAUUCAUGUUGCUGAAUCUUCAGCAGCCGUUAAGUCAGAUUUCAGUGUAAUUUGAUCAUUUAGAGGUCAUACUAAUAUACAUUUAUUUGUAUUCAUUAUAAUUACAUUUUUAUAUAUAUUUACUGUCAUAAUUGAUCUAUCAUUGAUAGAUUGAUCUAUCCUAAGGCAU